GAGAGAGAGAGAGAGAGAGAGAGAGAGAGGCAUGCUGUGGUGCAGAGGUUCCUCCAGAGAGCAGAGGCUCCAUCCAAAGCUGGAUCCUCUGUGCGUUUGUUCUGCUCUUCCUUCCACUGAGGGUGAACAUGUAGCAGUGAAUAAAUUACAGGCUUCUUUGCACAAUUCUUUGAGUGCAUGUUUUGUUGCAGUCAGAACUGCUGCGCUUCUCCUGCUGCAACAUCUGGCUGUGUGUGGAGAUCUGAAAAAAGCCCUUGAUGUGUGACAAGGAAAAGAGCUGAAGGGAAACAUCAUAGGGAUGCAGAGUGAAGGCUGGCAUGUUGGACGUCUUUUUUACCCCGUACUGGUGCUGACCUUUGAAAGCCACAAAGGUGGGCGCUGAAGGUUUGAGUCACCUCUAUAACUGAUCGAGGAAACAAACAGCUGUGCAGGAAAAAGGAACUUGAGAGUGGAAGGAGACAGGAUGAUCUUGGGUCAUUUUCUUUGUACCUACACAAGAGGCAUAAACCGACUGGGGCCGGUCCCUGCUUUCCUCAGGAGCCCACCAGUCAUACCAGCACCACUGGACCUGAAGCCCUUCCUCCAGUUUCCCCUGGAGUCUCCUCACCCAGCCAGCGUCAGCCUGUUCCGUAACUUCAGUACAAUGGACCUGGUCCAGAAGGCUGUGAUGACCCACACCUUUGGUCCACCCAUAGUGAAGACAAAGCGGCCAAUUAUCUCCUGCAAUGUCUGUCAAAUACGCUUCAAUUCAGAGAGCCAGGCUGAGGCCCACUACAAAGGGAACCGCCAUGCUCGAAGACUGAAGGGGAUCGAGACGUCAAAGACACCUCGAGUCCAAAAUCGUGACAAGCAACAAAGUCCUAUGACGGCUUCACCCUCCCCACCAGGUCCUUUGCCCUCCAGCCCCUCACCCAACCUUAAUAAGCAGGAUGACAUGCAAUCCUGUAUCAUCGCUAAUGAGUCACCUCUGACCCCUAUCCAACUUCCAACACCCACACUGAUGUCAACAGAUGCUGAGUGCCCCCACUUACCUUUGCCGGCCUCUUUCUCCCCAAUCUCGGCCCUCAGUGUCCCUUCUGCAGAUCCAGCCGUGGCCAGCCUCCCUGACACUCCGUCUCCAGCACCAAGCCCUUCUUCAGGAGAGUCGGAGGAGGAGAAAGCCAAAAAGCUUCUCUAUUGCUCCUCCUGCAAAAUAGCUGUUAAUUCUCUCUCACAGCUGGAGGCACAUAAUAAAGGUACCAAACAUAAAACAAUUCUGGAGGCACGAAGUGGAUUGGGACCUAUUAAAGCAUAUCCACGUCUGGGUCCAAAAUCCAGCUCAGAGCAGGGAGGUGAUCAAACAUCUGACCCCAACACUCAGGAACGAACCUUCCACUGUGAGAUCUGCAAUGUUAGAGUCAACUCAGAGGUACAGCUUAAACAGCAUAUAUCCAGCCGGAGACAUCGUGAUGGGGUUGCAGGAAAACCAAAUCCUCUUCUCAGUAGGCACAAGAAGCGGACAGACUUUGUGGAAUUUCCAAAAUCUCUGGCGGCUGGACUCUUACCAAACCCUCUGGCUGUUGCUGCUGCCAUGGCAGCUGCAGCCUCCUCCAAUCAGCUGGCCUUACGCGGCCCUGGUCCCACCUCCCAUGCUCACCCUCAUCACCACCUCUUUCAGGGAACACCCCUCAACCUGCUGAGGCCAGCCCCGGGACCGAUUCGCACCACGCGUGGGCCAAUCCUCUUCACGCCGUACUGAUGGAGACAGAAUGAGGACACACCCACAAGCACACUGUGAUGCGGCGACCUGCAAUAAUGUGUACUAUUGGGAC